GGGCAGAGGGGAGUGCAGAGAAAGGGAGAGAAGGGGGAGGUCUCCUUCACGUAUGCACGCAAUAGUGAGAAGUUGGGGGAGGUCAGACGCUGCAGGGAACUGGAAUUCGCCGCAAGAAAAUACAUUCAUUGACAAUGAACUAUGUGAUGUUGCCAGCCACUUCGUUUCACAUGCUAUUUACAAAUAGAUCUCUACGGCGUUGACUUCAAAAAAAGAGAGCAAAAGCAUAGGCUAUACUAUUGACAUUCGACAGUAGUUUGAUCGAUUGGAGUUUCCUUACGUUUUCUCCAAUCAUAGGAACAUCUGGAUUUUCUGCUACAAAUAUCGUCGAAUCGCCAACUUUACUUAGUAGGCUACACGCCGUGGAUCUCAACUCGAACGCAGUUUAUACCUCUUCAUUCUGAAGACUCCUAUCAUACCUAACUCAUCGAGAGUGGCAGCACAAAGAUCAGAACUCAGUUCCAUGCCUGAGUGGUGGACGUUUGAGAGCUGAUCCAUUGGAGAUUCCUCUACAGGCUGCCUCUGCCGUAUCAGUCAAUCCGACCAUUCCAGUUCUGUACCAGUCUGACUACCAGUAUCAGAAUGCUUUUGUCCCACUGGUCCCUGUUUCUUCUUUGGUCUCUGCUGGUCCACUAUCCACUGACCCAGUCCAGACCGGCUGUUGACAUCACUGACACUGCUGACAUGCUGGCGUCGUCUGAGGAUGAGGAUGAUGAUGAGUCUUCUUCAGAGGAAAAUAAACUGUCCACCAAUCAGAAGAUCCAACCCAUGGCUCCUCAGUGGGUGACUCCAGACAAGAUGGAGAAGAGGCUUCAUGCUGUUCCUGCCAGUAAGACUGUUAAGUUUCGUUGCCAGGCAACUGGUAAUCCCACACCAACUUUGCGGUGGUUCAAGAAUGGGAAAGAGUUCAGGAGAGACCAGCGUAUUGGAGGUUUCAAGCUCCGAGAUCACAUGUGGACCAUAAUAAUGGAGUCCGUGGUUCCGUCUGAUAAAGGCAACUACACCUGUCUGGUGUCGAACAAGCACGGCAGCCUAACACACACCUACCAGUUGGACGUAGUGGAACGUUCCCCUCACAGGCCCAUCCUCCAGGCAGGCUUGCCCGCUAAUCGUACGGCGGUGGUGGGUAGCGACGUGGAGUUUGUGUGUCGUGUGUACAGUGACCCUCAGCCCCACAUCCAGUGGCUCAAACACAUCACUAUCAAUGGCAGUCAAAUGGGGCCAGACGGACUGCCCUAUGUACGCAUACUGAAGAAUGCAGGGCUGAACACCACCGACAGGGAGAUGGAGGUGUUCACUCUGAGGAAUGUGUCUAAGGAGGAUGAAGGGCAGUACACAUGUCUGGCUGGAAACUCUAUAGGACUGUCUCACCACUCUGCCUGGCUCAGGGUUGUAAAUGAGCUGCCUCCGUCUCCAGUCCCCUCUCAGACCUACCUGGAGAUCUUUAUCUACUGCGUUGGCUUUUUCAUCAUCAUCCUUCUGGUCGCCAUAGCGAUUGCCUGCCGACUACGCUGCUCCCCUAAAAAGAGUGACUUCAACAGCCAGUUGGCUGUUCACAAACUAGCCAAGAGCAUCCCCCUACGCAGACAGGUGUCUGUGGACUCCUCCUCCUCUCUGCAGUCAGGGGCUUGUCUGGUCAGACCAUCCCGCCUCUCCAGUGGAGCCACGCACAUCCUGGCUGGGGUUUCAGAGUAUGAGUUGCCUGCAGACCCGCUCUGGGAGCUGUCACGAGACAGGCUUUCUCUGGGAAAGCCGCUUGGUGAAGGUUGUUUUGGUCAGGUGGUGUUAGCCGAAGCUACUGGUCUGGACAGAGAAAAACCCUCUAGUCUCACAAAGGUAGCUGUCAAGAUGCUCAAAGCGGACGCCACAGAGAAGGACUUGAGUGAUCUAAUAUCUGAGAUGGAGAUGAUGAAGAUGAUUGGGAAACACAAGAACAUCAUCAACCUGCUGGGAGCCUGCACACAAGAUGGCCCCCUCUAUGUGGUGGUAGAGUAUGCAUCUCAGGGGAACCUCAGGGAGUACCUGCGGUGUCGGAGGCCUGUGGGUCUGGAGUACUGGUCUGGGCCGAGCCAGGCCCCCCUGGACAGCCUGGAGGUCAGGGAGCUGGUGUCUGCUGCCUACCAGGUGGCCAGAGGCAUGGCCUACCUCGCCUCACAAAAGUGCAUUCACAGAGACCUGGCUGCCAGGAACGUGUUGGUGACCGAAGACAACGUGAUGAAGAUAGCAGACUUUGGCUUGGCCAGAGACAUCCACCACAUAGACUACUACAAGAAGACCACCAAUGGUCGUCUGCCAGUGAAGUGGAUGGCACCAGAGGCUCUCUUUGACCGCGUCUACACGCACCAGAGUGACGUGUGGUCGUUUGGGGUGCUGCUGUGGGAGAUCUUUACUCUAGGAGGUUCCCCCUACCCUGGUGUUCCUGUGGAGGAGCUCUUCAAACUGCUGAAGGAGGGACAUCGUAUGGACAGACCAGCAGCCUGUACAGAGGAGCUGUACAUGAUGAUGAGGGACUGCUGGCAUGCUGUUCCCUCUGGCAGGCCAACCUUCCAACAGCUGGUAGAGGAUCUGGACAGCACACUGUCACUAAUGGCCAACCAGGAGUAUUUGGACCUGUCCAUCCCGGCGGUCCAGUAUUCUUCAGUUGGUCCAGACACCAGCAGCUCUUCUGACUCCGUCUUCUCAAGUGAGACAACUUACGGAGCAGAGUACUCUACCCAGAGCCCGUCUCAGACCUCCACUCUGCUUUACACCCAGCACAACAAUUCCCGGACCCCCUCCCGAGCCUCAACCUUGGCCUACGACCACCACAUACCGUCCAGAUCACCCUCUCGGACGUCCACCCUGACCUACACUAUACCGACCCAACACAGUAUCAUCCGUGCACACAGCCAACGCUGAUCUACAACCCUUGUCCUGCCCCUUACAUCUUAACUCAUCCACCUUUUUUAUUGUCAACCCCCCCUGAUAUCUGCUUUAAUCUCAGGUUCUGUAGCCCCCUCUUCGGUUACUGGGAGACAGACCUACUAGAGGGGAGGACAUGACCUGUGUGCAUACACCCUCAUUCCCCUGUCUACACCAAAGACUAGUGGUUUCAUUUCAUCUGAAUUUCUACUGAUGUCACAGAUGAAGAUGUGAAAGACAGAGAGACACAACGGAGUUGUGACACAGAGGGUCCUAACGGAGUUGUGACACAGAGGGUCCUAACGGAGUUGUGACACAGAGGGUCCUAACGGAGUUGUGACACAGAGGGUCCUAACAGAGUCGUGACACAGAGGGUCAUAAUGGAAUCUUAAGACUGACACAGAGGGUCAUAAUGGAAUCUUAAGACUGAGCCAGAGGGUCAUAAUGGAAUCUUAAGACUGAGACAGAGGGUCAUAAUGGAAUCUUAAGACUGAGACAGAGGGUCAUAAUGGAAUCUUAAGACUGAGACAGAGGGUCAUAAUGGAAUCUUAAGACUGAGACAGAGGGUCGUAACGGAGUCAUAAGACAUAAUAUAGACUUUGCCCAAAUCGAGGCUUUUCUCCAAGGACUAUUCUGAACUAUUAAUCGAGGCAGAUUGCUACACAUGGUCUUCAUCGCCAUAUUAUAAAAACAGGCUGCUGCUUUGCUGAUCCACACAGGAUAUAAAAAGGAAAUUGUUAAAGAAAAAUAAUUAUGGUGGUUAUUUUGUAAAUAUAAACUGCUAUAUGAAUACAUAUUUCCAGUCAUUUUUAUGUACCUGGUUGCUUUUUUUAUUUUUAUCCCUAUGAAUUGAAUAACAUCUAAGUGGGGGAUGGGUAUGAUUAUGUAUUUUAGAAUCAAGGGAUAGAAGUGUUGCUAUGUAUUUUAAUAAGCUAUUAUGAUACCAACAGUGUUAGUCAAGGCUUGCCUACAGUAUCACUUCCUAGUCUGGAAUAAGUGAACACGCCCUUGUUAGGUUGAUGGAUGACGUUGUCGAUGGUGAUAAUGUUGAGAAAAAUGGUAUGGUUUUAAAGCUGUGGUAAAUGCACUUAUCUCCAGUGAAAGUCUACCUGGCUUCACAGGGAUUGCCUUUAUAAGAGGAAUGUUAAUAAAGAGAACAGCAUUAAGACUU